GUCACCGUUCCAUUUCACUUCACUGAACGCGUUAUCUUCAUGAACUUUGAAAGAUUGAGACGAAAAUAAUUGGAUAACACGGUCACCACCUGAAAGUGAAGGAUGCUGAAUGGUAGUCUGGUUUGUUACUCAGACUCGGAAAGUAGUGAGGGACAAGAUGGAGAGUUGGUAAGAAAAAAACUGACAGAUGGCGCAAUGAAUCCUAAAAGGCAACAGGCAAGCCUAGAUAAUUCUGAGAAACAUGUGUCAAAACUUUCUCCACAGAGACCUUUACUGGCUAAUAUUGUAUACUCUCCCUCUGAUGGUGAUGAAGUUUUCGUAAAUGACCCUGUUUCAGGCAGAUGUUUCACCGAAACAAAAACACCUAGACCAGGCUUAGUUUCCAGGUGUAAAAUAGCGGUGACACCCUUGUGCAUAGAUGUAUCGAGCAUUCCACUUCCAGGAGAAUCACCUGUAGAAGACAAAAGUAAGUUUGGAUCAGGAUCAAAGAAGUCCAAGCAUUCGAGCAAAGCUUUGUAUCUUCCACCAGCUCUGAGAACAAACUCCCAGUCCCCAGGCAUUGGGUGUGGUGAUAAGAAGGACACUUACAAAGAAGUGGAUGGAGAUACUCCCAAAAGAAUCAACAGUUCAAAAACAGGUGAGACGGGGUCAAAACGAAAGGGAACACCUUUAUUUGAGGAUCUUAUUGACAGGGAAGAAGUUGUAAAUACAAAGAUGGUAAAGACUGAAGAACAUUUUCUGGUGGACAGCACAAGUAAUCAUGGGGAAUCAAGGCGUUUCUCAGAGCCUAAGAAAGUAACUCUCAGACCGUUUUGGUUAGCGUGUGCACCUCCAAGCAAACCAUUCACAACAUCAUUAUGCAUAAGUGAAGUGCAUGGGAAUCUUCGCAGUGAAUUCAUGUCAACAUCAUCUCAGCAUUUUAGUUUACCGUUUGGUGCAAACAGCCUGAACAGUUCUCUAGAUAGCUAUGCAGUCGAGCCAAAUAGCCACAAUUCUUUGCCAGACCUGUCCCGUUCUUGUGCCAAGCCGUCUGCUAAAACCCGGAGUCCCAGAUUGUGCUCACUCAGUGAUUAUGGCCGUUCCUCUGUCGACUCGUCUCCUUAUCCAACACAGUCACCAGUAAAUGUAAACUUGCGUAUCAGUGAAACAGAAUCAGGAUCAAGAGAUGCAGUACAAAGACGACACUCUCAUGAGUCAAUUGGUAGAUCACUGUCUCGAUCACGAUUAAAUUCUCUGCCUCCCAGACUGCGACGGCGUGUUGUGGAGAUAUCUCAUACAAGUACUUGUAGGUAUCAAACUAGUUCAGAAUCACUCUCAAGGUCACCUUGGAAAGGCUGGGUAUCUAACUUCCAGAAGAAGUACUUUGGCUUUAGUGAUGAAUAUAUCGACUCUCACUGCCAUCUAGACUUCCUUUACAGGCGAGAAGGCUACACAGGAUCUUUUCAGAAAUACAAGGUCCUCCACAAAGACACCUUUCCUGGAAACUUUGCUGGCUGUGUGGCAGUUUUCUGUGAACCACAGAGUUUUAAACCAAAGGGUGGGUUAUGGAAAUCUAUAACCUUGGAACCAGAUGUGUGGGUGGCAAUGGGUUGUCACCCAAAGUGUGUGGAGGACUACACAAGCUGGACAGAGGAGGCUCUGACAGCCUGCCUGAAGUUCCCAAAGGUGAUAGCAGCGGGUGAGUUCGGACUGGACUACUCAGGCAGGUUCCGUGAGACUGCUGAUCGUCAAAAGGAUGUAUUUGUACGUCAGCUGAAGAUAGCUUCAGCACAAGACAAACCACUGGUUAUUCACUGUCGUCGUGCAGAGGACGACACAUUCCUUAUCAUGAAGCAGUAUGCUUCGAAGCAUGUAUCAAUCCACAGACACUGCUUUUCUUUGGAUUUUGAAGAAGCUCGUCGCUGGUUUGACACUUUCCCGAAUCUGUAUGUUGGCCUCACACCACUAGUGACGUACAGUUCUGCAGUAGAGACACAUGAUUUGGCUAGGAAAGUACCCCUAGACCGACUUUUACUGGAGACGGACUCGCCUUACUUUGUACCCCGUGAUGUUCCACGAGCUGACAUGAGCUUCUCACACCCAGGAAUGGCUAUUACAGUUGCUCAUGAAGUUGCAAGCUUUCAAGGCAUUCCAGUCUCAAAGGUUCUGCAAGCAACACGGAAAAACACUAAAGACAUGUAUGGAAUUUAACAUACAAGCCAGAUAAACUUAUUUGAUGAAAAUAUUGACAUUCAGUAUUUUAAAAUGUCUGGACUCCAUUUAAUGAGAUACUAUGACUUCUGCAGAAGAAGUAAUUGAUUGUGGACAACCUUAAUGAAAUGCAUUCCCAUUACUAUAUGUAUAUACACUCAUUAAGCUUUGUAAGAGAAAGUUAUAUAUUGUGAAAAUAAAAUGCAUAUGUAUAUUUGCUACUUAAAUUAUGCGUGCAUCAGCUUUGAACAUUGAUCAUAUGACUGUGAUAGCCUUCUUCCCAAAACCUGGAAGGAUGGGAGGGAUGGGCAUAGUGUUUGCAAAAAGUGCAUAGCACUGCAUGCAUACAUGUACAUACAGAUGCUCUGUCAGUAGAGGGGGCCUCCGUAGUUCAGUUGGUUAGCGGGAUAGCGCAGCGAAAUGACCCAGAAACCUGUCACC